GCUUGUGGAGAUAUAUGCAUUCUUUCUUGUCACAUUCACAGGCGAUUACUCGAAACCGAGAUAUCAACAUGGACGCUGAAGGUCUGAACACGCUGAAGAUCUGUGUGGUGAUCUUUUGGAUUGUUUUAACAGGACACUGUGCAGAGGACUUCAGGAAUAUCCAGCAGACCCUAAGGUACUACGAGAGCCUCUCAUAUGACAGAAGCGCAUUAUUGCAGCAACAUCAGCGUGUAAGGCGUCACCUCGAUCCAGAAACCCAGGUGCUGAAUCUGGACUUUGAAGCUUUUAUGAAGGUUUUCCGUUUACGACUGAAGCCAGACUUUGAAGGAUUUGCAGAAGAUUUCAAGGUCUUGUCCGGCAACCAAUCAUGGAGAGGCGACCUCUCUCACAUAUAUGCAGGAGUGCUAGAAGAUGAGGUUGGAUCUUCAUGCCAAGGAUCAGUAUUCAAUGGCCAGUUUGAAGGCUCAAUCAAAACCUCCAAUGGGACCUUUUACAUAGAAUCCAUGCAGAGAUACACAUCUGAGUCAACAGAUAAUCACUCUGUCAUCUACCAUGAGGAUGAUAUUGCUGAUGUUCCCGUGGAGGGUGACCGUGCUGGUUUUUGUGGUACGAACCGACUGCAGAGUCUCUUCCAAAACUUUAUACAGGAUAACCCAGUGGCCAGGUCAAAACGCACAGUAGACCAAUCGAAGACUAGCUGCCUCAUCCAUCUGCAUGUGGACUAUUUGUUUUAUCAGCAGUUUGGCAGCAUCGAGGCCGUCGUUGCCCAGGUGGCCUCAUACAUGAAAGCAGCAAAUGACAUAUUUCACAAGGCCGAAUUUGACGGGAUCGAAGUAAUUGACUUCAAGGUGAAAUCGAUGAGUUUCAUUUCAGAACAAAACCCAGAUGACCCGCUGCAGAAGCCGUUCAUUGGCCCUGAGAAGCUGCUGAGUCUUUAUUCAGAGAUGAACUGGGGAAACUACUGCCUGUCCUACCUGCUGACUAGUCGUGAUUUUACCGGAGUUCUUGGUCUGGCCUGGGAGGGGAAAUCAGGAGAGAAUGGUGGGAUUUGUUCUAAACCCAUACACAAAGAUAACAAGAUAUCCACCCUGAACACUGGUCUGAUUACCCUGAAAAACUUUGGACAGUAUCUUUCGCCCAAGUUUGUCCAGUUGACCUUUGCUCAUGAGCUUGGUCACAGUCUGGGAGCCCCACAUGAUGAAGGCACAGAUUGUGGUGGUCUGGAAAUCACUGAAGGGAAAGGAUACUUCCUGAUGUUCCCACAUGCUGGAGAUAAGGUGAAGGAAAACAGCGACCGCUUCUCACCGUGCAGCCUCCGGCACAUGAGCCGUUUGCUUCAGGUCAAGAAGGACAAAUGUUUCGUGGUCAGUGAUCAGCCGAUCUGUGGAAACCGGAUUUUGGAGAAAGGAGAGGAAUGUGAUGUAGGACACAAUGCAAGCGAUCCAUGCUGCUACAGUUCAAAGGAGCCAACAGGAAUUCAAUGUCGUCUUAAACCUAACAAACAAUGCAGUCCUAGUCAGGGAAUGUGCUGCAGCUCUGGUUGUGUCUUUAAAACCCCUGGACUACUUUGUGAGGAGGAAUCUGAGUGUCGGGUGAAAAGCAGGUGUACAGGAUCCUCUGCCUCAUGUCCUCAACCUGCUGCCAAGCCAAACAUGACAAUGUGCAAUCUGGGCACACGGGUUUGUCUUAAUGGGGAAUGUUCAGGCUCCCUUUGUGUCCUACACGGCCUGGAGCAGUGCGACUGCCCGGGGGAAAACAAGAAAGAAAAAUGUCACAUGUGCUGCCAGCAGAUAGGAAACCCCAACACCUGUGCAAGCACCACUUCCACCAUACUCUCAACAUAUUUUAAGGGACAGCGUGUGGCGUUGGUGCCUGGAUCUCCGUGCCACAAAAACCAGGGCUACUGCGAUCACUUCCAGACAUGCCGUCUGUUGGAUGCAGACGGUCCUAUUGCCAGACUGAAAAACUCCUUCCUGAACCUACGCGAGUUUGAUGACUUAGCAGACUGGAUGAAGGCCCACUGGUGGGCGAUACUGCUGGGCAUACUGGGAGUCUCAGCAGUAAUGGCGGGCACUGUUUGUCUGUUUGGACACACACUUGAGAGUGUCAACAGGGAAGAUGCAACACCUUAACUGAGCUGAAAUGCUAAACCCUCUACUGUUUUAUACUGUAUGUUUUACAGUAUAUCUGAGUUUCUGUGCACUGCGCUCAUGCUUAUUACAGGCACUGAUUUUUUAUAUUUGUAACUCUCAUUAUGCAUUGACUGCAUUACAACUCUCUAUUUAUAUUCAGUUUUCCGUCAUUAUACUUUUUGUUUAUGAGUGUUUUAAAAGCAAGCUAACACUUUUUUCAACAAUCUGUUAGUUACUAUUGUGCUUUAUACUCUGUUAUCACCCAAAUGAGGAUGGGUUUCCUGUUGAACCUGGUCCAGGUUUCUUCAUCUUGCCAUUUCAGGAAGUUUUUCCUUACCACCGUUGGCCCCGGCUUGCUCAUCAGGGACAAUCUCAUUGUUAUCUAAACACAUUUUUUUCUCAAUCAUACACACUUCCAUACAUUUUCUUUUUAUUUUGUAGGAUGCUUUGAGACAAUGACCAUUGUUAAAUGCGCUAUAUAAAUAAAAUUGAAUUGACAAAAAAUUAAUUGAAAAAUACAUAUAGUUGACACUGUCAGGAUUACAGGAUUACACACAUUUUUAAUUCAUUUAUUUGGCGUGCGCUGGUUGCAAAUAUAUGUAAGUUUUUCCAUACUUUUUUGUCUGUGAUACAGUAUAUAGGACUGUGAACCAUUGAUUUUGCCACUGUUUAUCUUAGUAGCUCUUGAUUAUAAGCUUAUCACUAUAAUUAUACAUUUUUUUUAGAUUAAUACAUUGUUUUAUUUUAGCAUUUUUACUGUUAUUCCUUUUGACAUUUUUAAAAACAAUGUUGCAAUUAUUUUUACAUAAUUAUUCCAGUUUCUCUAAAUUGAAUUGAAAUGUUUUCCGACAAACAAACAUACCUAUCAGAAUCUUUUGCUGGAACAUUUGACAUGGAAAUUAGCUAAAAUGUCUAUUUACUAAUGAAAGACUAUAAUGAAUAUUUUCUAAGUUAUUUUACAGGAAUUUACUAUUAACGGUGUUGUGGUAGUCUAAAAAAAAUGGUUGUACACUUCUUACUGUAAACACGCAUUAAACAUUACUGUAGAUAUUGAUUACAGUAGAAUUCUAUAAUGUUAAAAAAAAGAUUGAAUAUAGACAGAGGAAAAUGUGUUGACAGAGAGAAAAACAAAUCUCUCAAGUGUUAGAAUUGCUAAUAACUAUAAAUUGUAUGUACUCUUAAUAUUCUCAUUACACUAAGAGUAACAUAUAAUGGUCCUAUGUAAGUAGUAUUUUUUUAUUGAA